AAUCAAUAUCCUGUGUUGAAUAUCACAGCUAAAAUGGGGACUGGCUGAUAUUGCUUUAAACCGAUGCAGGGGCACUCCUCUCACCCUACAGCAGUUCAAAGCGCUUACUACUAAAAUACCAUAGCGCGUAAAAUAACCGUUAUUUAGAAGUUGUGAACGAGAGAAUGGCACAUACCACUGUGAUCAGAAAUGGGUCACCGCAUGAGGAGAAAAGGGAGUCGGUUACAGCGGAGGAUGGAAACGCUACACCGGUAAUGUUAUUUUGCCCGUUAUUUUGUCCACUUUCUCAAUCUCUCAAUUUGUAUACACCCAAUUUCAGACUAAUGUGAAUUGAUCAGGCUAAAUAAAGCAUGUAAUAUUAUUGCAGAAAACCAGAGGCAUUCCUCUCUCCAGGAAGAUAUGUUAUGCAGUUGGUGGCAUGCCCUAUCAGAUGACCGCCAAUGCAAAAGGAUUCUUCCUGCAGAUUUUCCUGCUGGAUGUUGUACAGGUCAGUGCUUGGGUCGGAUGAGGUCUGCCUUGAUGACAUAAUAAUAAGCCAUUUAGCAGACGCUUUUAUCCAAAGCGACUUACAGUCAUGCGUGCAUACAUUUUUUUUGUGUAUGGGUGGGGUGGGCCCGAACCCACUACCUUGGCGUUACAAGCGCCGUGCUCUACCAGCUGAGCUACACAUUGACAUUGAUGUUUAAUCUCAACUAUUGAUCUGAGAUGGAAUUUUGUAGAAAAUAUUUACUUCCCCCGCCCACCCAUAUUAAUAAUAAGGAUUAUAAUAUCAGUAUUAUCAAUAAGGAUGGUAUUAAUCUAUUGAUAUUGUUGUUCUAUAGACUAUCCUAAAUUAACUGGAAUAGUGUUGUUGUGUCGAGUCAAAUGUUGCUAGUUAUGCUGUAACAAAGGAGUCCGCUUAUACUGAGCCUUGAUCAUACGUUUUAUUCAUAUCACAAGAUUUCAGCAUAAGUGUACAGAUGUAUAUAUCAUCCGGAGAGCAGUGGUUCCCAAAUUGCAAUGUCUGCUCUGCCGUUUUUGUCUCUAGCCUAUAUUUAUAAUCUUCCCCAAAAUAUGGGUUGCUCCCUUUACUGUCCAAUCCCCUGUCUUCCCUGGUGCGUCACCCUAAAAACGGCUCUCUUUGAACCUAAAUAAACAUCCCCUCAGGUUCCACUUGAAAACAUUAACUAAGUCAUAAUCUUAAUACACUACAGUGUCCUCAGUUCAAUUCUUAUAGCAUGUUUUGUAAUGCCUGUAGGAUGUGUGUGCUGGGUUUUUGCAAGGGUGUGGUAGGAAUGCAAAUAUUUUUCUAAAUACUUUACCUCUCAUCCCUUCUCCAAAUAAAGUUGUUUUUACAAUGCAGAAAAUAAUACAAUAAUCCAUCUGCCUCGAACAUCAUGGCUGAAGUUUAGUUCUUGGUGUCAGCUGCACUUUGUUGAGUUGUUUAACAAAAGUUAUUUUAUAACUUCCCCUUUAUGCGUGGCCUUGGCUAUAAACCCCUCAUUAGUACCUCUAGAAAUUCAAUGUAAGAUUCUACUACUUUAGACCUACUAUACCAGUGUUUCCCAAAUUUGGUGCACGUUUAGGUUUUUGCUUUAACACUACACAGCUGAUUCAAAUUAUCAAAGCUUGAUUAUUAGUUGAUUAUUUGAAUCAGCUGUGUAGUGCUAUGGCAAAAACCAAAACGUACACCCCUUGCGGUCCUGAGGAACCAAACAGCCCACACAUGAUGGUAAUAGGGUAGUGUGUCUGUUAGGUUCUGCUUUUGCUAUGUCUAUUUAUCGGUGUGGUAUUGCACCCAGCCCUCAUCCCAUGGUGCAACAGAGCAGCCUUCCUCUAUAACGCAACAACACCGUCUCCUCCAUUACAUUGGAAGUGAAUACUAUUAAUGCCAGGCAAUGUUUUCACAGUAAAGCGCAGGACAGAGGCACAUUCCUUAACCACCCCACCACCUCCACCACUACCCAAUAAUGAUUCUUUAUACUGCACCUCUAGAUGGGGGCCUUCUAUGCAUCUCUCAUCCUCUUCCUUGGCCGAGCAUGGGAUGCCAUCACUGACCCUCUGGUGGGAUAUAUGGUCACCAAGAGUGGUAGGACACGCAUGGGCAAACUCAUCCCCUGGUGAGUGACUUCAGAAGGGCAAGGCCCAUAUUAUCUCUCCGUACACCACAUCACUGAUUUAGGUUACCGCCCCUAUGAUCAAACUGCCCAUGAUUUUUGACCAUUCAAAUAAUGUGUAAUAUUCCCUCCCUUCCACCCCUCAGGAUCGUGUUCUCCAUGCCUCUGGGUGUCCUGGCCUACAUCAUGAUGUGGUUCACGCCUCAGGAGGCCAUGUCUCCUUCCUCCAGUUUCUUCUGGUUCUUCAUCUGGAGCUGCCUAUUUGACGCCUUCAUGACUGUAAGCUCAAAUCAAACUGUAUUUGUCACAUGCUUCAUAAACAACAGGUGUAGACUAACAGUGAAAUACUUAGUUACGGGCCCUUCCCAAUGAUGCAAAGAAUAAAAAAUAAAAUAAUAAUAAUAAUAAUAACACAAUAAAUAAAUACACAAUGAGUAACAAUAACUUGGUUAUAUACACGGGGUACCAGUACUGAGUCGAUGUGCAGGGGAACGAGGUAAUUGAGGUAGAUAUGUACAUAUAGGUAGGGAUAAAGUGACUAGGCAACAGGAUAUAUUAUAAACAGUAAUAGCAGCGUUAGUGCAAAAAGCGUCAAUGAAGAUAAUCCGGGUAGCUAUUGGUUAACUGUUUAACUAACUAUUUAGUCUUAUGGCUUUGCGGUAGAAGCUGUUCAGGGUCCUGUUGGUUCCAGACUUUGUGCAUCAGUAUCGCUUGUCGUGCGGUAGCAGAGAGAACAACCUAUGACUUCGGUGGCUGGAGUCUGACAAUUAUUAGGGCCUUUCUCUGACACCGCCUGGUAUAGAGGUUCUGGAUGGCAGGGAGCUCGGCCCCAUUGAUGUACUGGGCCGUACGCACUACCCUAGCGCCUUGCGGUCGGAUGCCAAGCAGUUUCCAUACCAAUCGGUGAUGCAGCCAGUCAAGAUGCUCUCAGUGGUGCAAAUGUAAAACAUUUUGAGGAUCUGAGGGCCCAUUCCAAAUCUUUUCAGCCUCCUGAGGGGGCUGUCCUCCGUGGCUACUACUAAGCUAUUAGCCACAAUCCAUCCUCAUUUGCCAGCAGUGCUUAUAAUGUUCAGGUGCACCCUGCCCUAACAGUAGAACUAUGGUUACAGCAAACUACUCUACCCUUCUAUGUGCAUUGUUCCUGUGGUUACAGUCCAUCUCUUCCCUCUCCAGUGUUACCAUGUCCCCUACUCCUCACUCAACAUGUUCCUGGGGGGAGACCAGAAGGACAGAGACUCUGCCACGGGCUACAGUAAGGCAUCCUCUGGAGUUAAAUCACUCAUCAGAUAUUGUUUCAGGUCUCCCUUGGAAAAUAUGAUUUUAUUUUAUUUUAGCAGAACUUCCUGGAUUAAAUGAUUAGUAAACACAUUCAUAUAUAAUAAUGAUGAUAGUACAACCAUCACUGGAACUCAAAGUGUUCUCGCCAGUUGUGAUGUAGCCUAUGUAGUGGUUAUCACUAUUAUAAUUUUUAUGGAGAUGUAGGCAGGCCAGAAUGGAUGUCAGUUGAGGGUUUGGUUUCCUGGCAGUGACUGACUGUCUGCUGUGGAGGUGGGGUUGGCUGAGGGCAAACUAAAGUUAACAGGUCAAUGGUCAGAGACAUGGACACAUUUCCUGAACUUCAGUGUAAAAAAAAGCCUAAUUUAAGAGGAAGCAUUGUGUGCAUUAGAGAUAAUAAAAAGACUGGCUUGAUUUCAGUCUGACUAUGGACAGUAUGCCUUAAAGGGCAAUUCUACCACUUUUCAUAUUCAUCAUCUCCAGCACCAAACGAGUGUCUACAUACAGUAUGUGAAAACAGCAGUGUUUCUUUGAUGUGGUUAAAAGAUCAGAAGAAAGGUCCUAAAAAAUGCUUCUGUGACAUCACAGGGUAAGAUUAAAAGUAAAAAAAACAGUGAUUUCCAAAACCUACAACUAGUUUCUAGCCCAAAGGACGUUUUUUUCCAAGUCACCGCAAAUCUCACAUACUGCUUUCACAUAGGAUUUACAGUAUUUUGACUGUGAAGAAAAUUGGGCAAUGUUUAUAUGAACAGGUGAAUUUUUACCACAUUCUUGACUGCAUAUGUAGCACAUGGGGAUGUGUGAAACUUCCUCCUCAGCCUGAAGUUUCUUGCUUGCGUCGCCUCAUUAGCUAGCUUUUGAGGUGGCGUGAUUGGCUAAGACGCUUGAGGGAGGACGAUCGUGUGUGUUUGUGAGGCAGAGGGUUCCGAGUUCGCACCAGGUAUGGGCCGAAUCGGGAGGAAGUGGUACUCGCUAAGUAGGGGUGUGGCGAUCUCGUCGUAACUGUAUCCGUUUGAUCACACUUCAUACUCGUAAUCGGAUCGACUCAUGAUCGGGAAACCCGGAAGUGUGCUUUAAAUGCCGGUAAAACCUAUACCUCAAGUGCACAUUACUGCGCUAUCCCUCAGAGUGCAUCUCAGAGCACAUCGUUAUGUUCCUUCACUAACAUUACUGCUCUAUCACUCAGAGUACAUCAUUAUAUGUUCCUUCAUGACUGCUCUAUCACUCAGAGUUUAUCUCAGGGUACAUCAUUAUCAACAGUUCCUUCACUCAUUCACACACAUUGUUCAAAGGUAAAUGACCCUGACAGAUGACAAUGCACAUUAUUUACUUACAUAGUCCUAUUGAAUUAUCAACGAAAUAGGCUAAUAAAUAGCCUAAUGCAUGGCUGGCUACUACUGCCUGCAUUUACUCCAGACACAGAUGUAGAUGAAGGUAGGCUAAUUCACUUGACCCAUGUAUUGUUUCACUUUCGAGAGGAGCAACAACUUUCUCUCCCGACACUUAUGCCACAACAUUUGUACAAUCAAAAUAAACUAUCUACAUUUGCAAUUUUAUUUUCUAAUGAUCUGUCGCUCGGUAAACAUGCUUGGGCAAGAAGAAAUAAUAAUAAUAGCAAGAAAUAUGGGCUUGGAUCAGGACAUAACGCCAGCAAUGGAAUAAUUAUACUAGAUUGAACACCAAUGACUAGCUACGGAUUCUGAUGUAUAUACAAGAUGUUUGGAGAAGGGUAGGUAGACUUGUGCCCUGAGACAAGUGACUGAGUGAAACAGCUGCGCAUGUUUCUGUCGGGUGAAAUGAAAUCAGAUGGAGAGCGGCUUGUUCUAAUCCAAUCAUUGCAGCAGGCUCAAACGAUCCCCCGCCCAUUUCUUUACAGACAGAAGAUUUAGCCAAUAGUUGUUUAGAGCACACAGCGCUUCACACUGUUUGAGUGAAAGAGAGAUGCGUGCUGGCAGCGGAAAAUAAUUUUUUUCCUAUCACGGAUAAUUACUAAAAAAUACUUGUCAUAAUAGUAUUCGGAAAAUGAUCCAUAUCCGUAACAAUACUCAUUUUGCCUGAGGACUCGGCAACACCCCAUAUCGCUAAGCAAGCAGUGUGACAUCCUUUACAGUGGUCCCGUGACCCGGAUCUACAGUUGCGCUCAGCUCAACGCUGGGGUCGCUGUUGAGUAAGUUUGAGGGGUGAAUGUAACACAUGGGGAUGUGUGAAACUUCGCUCCUCAGCCUGAAAUGUCCUGUUUGCGUCGCCUCAUUAGCUAGCUUUUGAGGUGGCACGAUCGGCUAAGACGCUUGAGGGAGGACGAUCGAGUGUGUUUAUGAGGCAGAGGUCCCGAGUUUGCGCCAGGUAUGGGCCGAAUCUUUAAGGAAUACCUGGGAUAGGAUAAAGUAAUCCUUCUACCCCCCCCCCCCAAAAAAAAAAAGUGUAAAGUGGUUUUCCCACUGGCUAUAGGGUGAAUGCACCAAUUUGUAAGUCGCUCUGGAUAAGAGCGUCUGCUAAAUGACGUAAAUGUGCCCUUGAGCAAGGCACUUAACCCUAAUUGCUCCUGUAAGUCGCUCUGGAUAAGAGCGUCUGCUAAAUGACUAAAAUGUAAAAAUGUAAAUGUAAAUGAAUCGGGAGGAAGUGGCGCUCGCUAAGCAAGCAGCGUGAAGCCCUUUAUACAUUAGCCUUUUUAUACCUCCGUUGGCAUGCGUAGACCUAGUGGUGGGCGUCUAUUUGAAAAAAUCCAUUGAAUAUACACCAUCAAAAACAUCCAUUAUUAAUUUGUUUAGGCAGGUACUAAGAAACAUUAUAAAACAAAUAAAAUGUAUUUUCUAAACUAUUGAAUGGCAGAUUUUGAGUUUAAUUAUGUUACAUCCAAAUGAAUGAAAUCAAUAGUUCACUAUUUUGUUCAUUACACAGACAAGACACACCUACCCCGAUCACAGUCAACACACAUACAGUAUAUUUUGUAGUAAGAAUAUAGUGGAAUAUAACAUAAUAAAAUAGAAAUAAUAUUUUUCCCACUUGUGUCACGGGAACGUGUCAUAUAAAAAAGUGAUCUUUUGAAACAGCCCAAACCCAUGCUUUCUUGAUCCACGUUUCCUCUCUUUCCUACCCUCACUCCACUUUGUUAGGGAGCUAUCAUGAUCCCGAUAGAAAAUAAUAGCAAUCCUAUUUUGAAAAUCAUGCGAUUCUAGCGUUCAUAUUUCACAACCUCCACCUGCUUUUAGAGUUGCCUAUACGUAAUCGAGCAAAAUAAUAUGCCUACACGUGAUUUUAGGCUGCAUUAUUGCAUGCUAAAGGUUUCGGAUCAGUGAUAGAUGAGCUAUACCACCUCCACUUAUUUCCCCAGCCAGAAACCAAUAAACCAAAGCCUCUAUACAGAUGGAGAUCUAGUGAAACAAAAUCACAUUGAUGAUUGAGACAAGUCAGUGAAGUCGCUGGCUUUUGGUCAGGAGUAGGCCUAGUCUACUAAGGGAAUGUGAAAUAAUCCACUUGUUAAACUACACAACAUGCAGGCAAAAUGUUCUAAUAAAUGAGCCAACUAGACAAGAUGAUCAUGAGCAGCUUCACCUGAACUUAAAUAACAUUUCCACAGCCUAAUUGUAGCCUAACCAAUAUCCUAACGGAGAUUCAGUGAAAACAUUGAUUGAUUUAUCAAGAUGAGACCCCACGGCAUUGUCUCAAAGUAAACGAUGCUGAAAUGAUCUUGACCACACGCGGGUAGACUAUUACAACGAUUGGAUGACUUUGGGAGUUUCAGUAAACAACAUUUUGAUAGAUGCCUUCAAUUGCUUUAGCCUACUUUAAUCAUUCAAUGAUAUUUAUUCCCACGGUAAUUAUUUAUGGCUCCAUCCAGUUGUGGUUAAGAAAACAGUGCAUGCUUAGUGGUUGACUGUACGAAGAGAUGGUAAAAGUGACAUGCCUAGCAAAGUUUGGAACUGGCAGUAGGAUGAUUAUCUGGCGCUGCCUAGCAACCAUCAAUAGUUUAAUUGGCAGGUGUAGUGCGUGCCAAAUGCCGCCUCAGCAUUGCGGCUAAGUUUUAUAUAGUUUUUCUACAAAACGUAGAAAUGUACGGUUUUCACAUAUGUUGACACUGAUAUUGUGCUGGAGAUAAUGAAAAAUAGGUUAAAAGGUGGUAGAGUUGCCCUUUUAAAUAACGUAUUACUGCAUGAGUCAUCUUUGGUUUUAACCCCCAAAAACACCUGAGGUAAAAUAUGUUUAUUUUUCACUGUUCUACAUGUCAGUGGUUCCCGCCCUUUUUCGCUUACUGUAUCACCAAUUGAAUUUUGCUCUGCCCAAAGUACCCUUGAAGUACCCCCUCAUGUGCAUUUGACCAGUAAGCCUAUGGUCUCAUGAGUCUUCUCAGGUACCCCAUGUGGAUAGGCCAAGUACCCCCAGGGUUCCCGGUACCCCAGGUUGGGAAACACUGCUCCAUGUCAAUGUUUUCAUUGUAUAUGUCUCCAUCCUCUUAAAUUCUUCUCUUCACUCAGGAAUGGGGAUGGAGGUGUUUGCAACACUGGCCGGUGCAACCAUUCAGGGUCAGAUUGUGGGGGUGUACCAUGCUAAGAGUGCACAAGUCUGCAGCCAGCUGAACUACAGCGAGGCCUUCCUCCAUAACUUCUCCUCACCCCUAAUCCAGAACUUCUCCUCGCCCCUCACUGAUACCCUUCAGAACACGGUUUGGUCCAUCAUAUCCAUAACCCCAACAGUCUUCCUCUCUCUCUUUCAAUACCCACUGUCACACUCCUCUGUAGCAGAGAAGACAACUUUUCAUCACUUCCUUGCCGCAAUAUGUCUGAAGUGUGAAAGAGAACUUGUCAACUAGUCUUUGCAUGCACUGUAGAAAUUCAGCAAUAGCAUUGCAGUUAAAUAUACUUCCCUAUUUUUGGUCAUUACAAGAAGUAUAAUGUUGUCUGAACUGAUAAGUAUCUUUUGAUGUUUUCCCCCUGAGCUUGUUGCUGUGUAUCUUAAUAGAUGCUGAUUGACAUGAAUUUGUGAUUUUCUGUCUUGGCUUCAGAGGAGAGCUUAUGUGCUUGCUGCUUUAGUUUUGGGGGGACUCUAUUUCCUGUGCUGUGUUGUGCUCUUCCUGGGUGUGAAGGAGCAGUUGGGUGAGUAUGAGGUUUCUUAGGGGCUCUGUCGAAUUUAGAAUAAUUAAAAUUGGACUGGGGUAUGAGAGACAUCAGGCUGUUUAGUGAUGAUUUGUUUCACUGUCCCCCCCAGCUCCUCUCAGUACCCUGGGACGGAUCCGCAUGCCCUACCUGGAAGGUAUGAAGAUGGUGGUGGGACACACCCCCUACGUGAAACUUGUAUUCGGGUUUCUCUUUGCCUCGCUUGCCUUCCAGGUGAGGGUCGCCCCAGGUUCUGGGUUGUGUGUUUUGUGUGUAUGAUGAUGAUAAUGAUUAUCGUGUUGAUGACGAUAAUGAUUAUCGUGUUGAUGACGAUAAUGAUUAUCGUGUUGAUGACGAUAAUGAUUAUCGUGUUGAUGACGAUAAUGAUUAUCGUGUUGAUGACGAUAAUGAUUAUCGUGUUGAUGAUGAUGAUGACUUAAGUUAUUCUCUUUCUUUCCUGUCACGGCAACAUUGCUCAGAUGGCUCAAGGAAACUUUGCCCUCUUCUGUACCCAUGCUGCAGGUCUGGGGGCCUACUUCCAACACCUCGUCCUUAUCCUGCUAGUGAGUAAAGUAACCACAUUGACACUCAUUCAGAGUAGGGUCAUGCAUUGGUUUAGGUAACAAGAGUGUCUUUUUGUGUCUAUCCUUGUCUAGACAGCUGCCACAUUGUCCAUCCCCAUAUGGCAGACACUGCUUUUGAGACUGGGGAAGAAGACCACGCUCUACAUAGGACUCUCUGUAAGUUCAGUUUUAUAAGGACAUGGUUAUGCAUAUGUUACACCCGCUAUCGCUCAUUAUUGAUCCUUUACAUUUUAACCUUUCCUUUAUCACUCCGUCUGUUCCUCCUUUUUCAGAUGUAUGUACCUGCCCUUGUGAUCAUUGCGUCCAUACGCAGCAACCUGCCUGUCUUCAUCAUUAUGUCCAUCAUAUCUGGGUCCAGUCUAUCGGCACUCUACCUGCUGCCCUGGUGAGUGUGUGUGUGUGUGUGAUGAUAUAUAUAUAUAUAUAUAUAUAUAUAUAUAUAUAUACACAGUGCAUUCCGAAAUUAUUCAGACCCCUUAACUUUUUCCACAUUUUGUUACGUUACAGCCUUAUUCUAAAAUGGAUUAUAACCAUUUUUCCCUCAUCAGUCUACACACAAUACCCCAUAAUGACAAACCAAAAACCGUUUUUUAGAAAUGUAGCAAAUUUAUAUUUAAAAACCCCCCCUGAAAUAUCACAUUAACAUAAGUAUUCAGACCCUUUACUCAGUACUUUGUCGAAGCACCUUUGGCAGCGAUUACAGCCUCAAGUCUUCUUGGGUAUGACACUACAAGCUUGUCAAGGGGUCUGAAUACUUUCCGAAUGCACUGAAGGUCAAAACACGAUAAAAGUGAUGACUAAAAUGAUAGUAUUAACAAGCUGUAGAGAUACAGUACCAUUACAUGUUCAAUGGCCCAUUAGAACACAUUGAUAUGCUCAGACCAUCAUUAUGCACAUCAGUGCUCAUUGGACUCACCUGGACUCCUUCACUUUGUUGAUUGGCCCUUCUAUAUCUGUCCGUUUCCCAGUUUGAUCCCCGUGUCUGCAUUGAUGUUGUUUCGUUUCCACGGUCCAGACGCUGUCCGUGUUUUGUUCCAUGUCUUUUAUUUAUUAUAUCAUCAGCCUGUACUUGCUUCCUGUCUCCCAGCGUCUGUCGUACUGAGAUCGUUACAGUUUCUGUUGCGUUCAUAACUUGUAUGCCUUUAUUUCACCCAUAAUAAUACAAUGUUAUAUGAAUAUGCAUGAUACUGUUUUAACUUUCUCUAUCUCAUUAAGGAGCCACAACUUGCAUUUGUCCUCUGAACUAUGUUCUGACCUCUUGAGUUCAUCACGAUGAUAGACAACUUCUAGAGCAGGGUUUCCCACCUCAGUUCUCGGGUCCCCAAGGGGUGCACGUUUUGGUUUUUGCCCUAGCACUACACAGCUGAUUCAAAUAAUCAACUAAUCAUCAAGCUAUGUUAAUUUGAAUCAGCUGUAUAGUGUUAGGGCAAAAACCUAAACGUGCACCCCUUGGGGUCCCGAGGACCGAGUUGGGGAAACACUGCUCCAGAGUUCUCUAUCUUGAAAGCCACUACAUAAACAGUUUGGUCAGUAUAUCCCAUCAUAAUGGCCCUGCUCUCCCUGGUAACUGGACUGGGGCUUCCCUUCCUCCCAAACACACUGGACUGGGGCUUCCCUCCCACACACAAACACUGGACUGGGGCUCCCCCCCCCCCCCCCACACAACACAUGGACUGGGGCUUCCCCUCCCCACCACACACACUGGACUGGGGCUUCCCCCCACCCCCCCACACACACACCACUGGACUGGGGCUUCCCCCCCACACACACACACACACACACUGGACUGGGGCUUCCCCCCCCCACACACACACACACACACUGGACUGGGGCUUCCCUCCCACACACACACACUGGACUGGGGCUUCCCUCCCACUCACACACACUGGACUGGGGCUUCCCUCCCACACACACACACUGGACUGGGGCUUCCCUCCCACACACACUGAGAUUCUUCUUUUUCCACAGCUAUUGGAGACCGCCCCAAGCAGUCCUCCCAAAAGACUUAAUGAGUCAUGAGGAAAGUUAGGAAAUGGUCUGCAAUGCUCUCUGAGCUGAGAUACAUCUCAGUGUUUACUACAACUAUGAACUAAUCUAAUAAAGGAUGGAAGAGGAAGUGGACAGUAGUAAAUGUGAUAUUUAUUUAGUGAAAUAUUCUACAACGCAUUCUCACACAGUACCUUGUCAUCUUGUCUGUGUGCAGGUCUAUGCUGCCGGAUGUAGUUGAUGACUUCAAGGUGAAGAAUCCCACCAGUACAGACCUGGAGCCCAUGUUUUACUCCUGCUAUGUUUUCUUCAACAAGUUUGGAGGGGGGAUGUCUGUGGGCAUCUCCACUCUGGCAUUACAGUGAGUUCCACCUGCAAGGGAUUGGAGACUAGAAUCUAAGUAUUGAUACAAAUAUAAAUUGAAUCAUGUAUGGAUUUAUUUACAUCAACAUUACUCUUCAUUGGGUGCUGUUUAGAGCUUUGUCACAUCUUAUGUUUUUCAUACUGCAUACAGUAUAACCAUCUCUAGCUGUAGUGCGGAAGCACUUUCAGAGGAGUUUCCUUCUGUAACUGCUUGUCUACUGAGUGUAACCCUCCUGUCCCACCCUUAGCUUUGCAGGGUAUAAGCCUGGGGCCUGCAGGCAAAACCCAGCUGUGAUCACAGCGUUGCGGGCCCUGUUCGCCCCUGUGCCCAUCGUCCUCCUCCUCGUUGGUUUGGUGCUCUUUUAUUUCUACCCCAUCAACGAGGAGAGGCGCCGGCAGAUCCACAGGGAACUGCAGGAAGCAGAGUGAGUUUCCAUCCAGUUUGAUAGUCCAAAUACUCUACAGUGGAUCUACAUGACUUGGAUUAACUUCGGUUGAUCUAAUUGUAUGCUAGACUGACACCUAGUGGUAGAUAACUGUGGCUGUCUACAUUUGUUUUUCUCACGAAUCAAAUUAGAGUUUAUUGGUCAAGUGCGCAUGGUACUGUGACAUGCUUACUUGCUAACAUGCUACCCACACAGCCCGCGUGCGGUCUGAUUCAUAAAAAUGUGCUAGAAUGAUAUCAUAAUAUAUUUACUUUUUUUUUUUUUUAUUAAGAUUGAUGUUAGCAUAUUUUGACUACUUGAGGGUGUGCUUUCCUGAUAAUUCUAUUACAUUGUUUCACUUACAAAGUCAUAUUGGUCUUUACAGGAAAGUGGAUGGAUGCCAAGUAAUGGACGCACUGUGAUUGGAGGCUCCUCUCAUACACAGCCAGCCUGACUAACUGGAAGCUUCCAUCAGUCAGUGUCUUUGUCUGACAUGGUGCAUGACUGUUCACACCUCAUCUGGCACCAUGCUAGGAAACUGCUGCCUAUUGAGUUACUGUGAUUCACAGCAGCUCGCAUGUGUGUAUGCCAUGGAAGAUGAUGUAUGCCAUGGAAGAUGACUGUCAUGCUCACAGGCCGAAACACAGACACUUGACUCAGCCUAUAUAAUGAAUCUUUGCAUGUGUGUGUUUUCUUAUCCAACCAUCGUGGUCCUCUGUAGCUCAGCUG